UAUUUAUAUUUGACAAUAGUAUUUGGUCUGAACAGCCAAUUAAACUCGACUCAUUUCGUACACCAUUCUGGCUUGAGAAGAAGCAAUGGUAUGUUAUGUAUAAUCGAUGUAGUGUUAGUGGAUUUUCAUUGCUUUAUUCGGUUCCUUAUUUUAUGAAUGCAUAUCCAUAUUCUAAUAUUAAAGGUAAUCUCAUAGUAGAAGCAACUGGACCGCAAGAUUUGUCAUUCUCGAACAUUAAAUAUCUGAAUAUUCGUUGGACGUCGCCUGUAAAUAAUGAAAUUAUACGUCGAUUUACACACCUUCAACAGCUGUCUGUGAAUGAUUCUGAAAAGAGUUAUCGCAUGAUGAUUGAUGAUAUUAGUCCAUAUGUUGAUAUGUCAAAAAUUACCACAUUUAUCAUAAAUAACUAUUAUACGGAAAUCAAUAUCGACAUGUUUACUCAGUUUAUUCGUUAUAUGUCUCAUUUAUGUGUUCUUGGUGCUUCUAUCACUCUUCUUAAGUUAAUAUCUAUUUACCAUUGGUCAAAUAUUAGCAUUCUAAGAAUUUUAGAUCAAUUUGAAAAUAGAAUUAUUAUAAAAUACGACUUAACAUUAAACGAAAUUGAUGCACUUUUUCGCUCAUUCAGUCAUGUAAAACAACUUCAUUUUAUCAAUGAUAAUAUAUCUAAUCUCUCUGAUUUUCUAAAUAAUUUGCCAAUGACAGUAUCAAAUGUAGUGUUACAACAUCCUAUGAAUGUAGCACCUAUUACUUAUGAUAAAUUCAUCACACGAGAAUGGCUCGAGCAAAAUACACGACUACAUAACUUUACUUACUCAUGUGACAUAAACAAUUGUAUAAGUAUAUGGCUUUAG